AUGUUCCUCUAUUCUGCUGCCGUGAAGAAGGGCCAAGGUGCCUUGAAGAAGUGCUUCAAAGAUCAGCCGGAAGACUAUGUCGAAGAUCGGGCCGAGUUCCGGGUCGAGAAGGUGGAGUUUCCCAUGCUCCCCGGUAGCUUAACAAAGUACGCCAUCACGGCCGGGGAGGAUGCUGGCUCACAGGAUGUCACUGUUCCAAACCCCGCCUGGGGGAUGCUGCCUUUGCUGCCUGAGAAGCUUAUCGGUUUCUUUGAAGCGCGAGGUGUGAAGGUCACCAAGACAAUGGAGACGAAGCAAUUCCACACGAGGCUUGGCUUCGUCAUUCGGAAGCUGUCAGGAGUUGUUGGGCUCACGGUUACAAGGAUGGAUUACCAAAAGAUUGCCGGGAAGAAGCAUGUCAAGAACAAGCGGAAGCGAGAUGAGUUUGAGUUUGGUGGCUUCUCUGAAGAGGAGCCUGGGGAAAAGCAAACCUGGAGCAUCCCAGGAUUGGAGAAGAUAAAUUCCAGAGCAGAACUGGCGACCGUAGCGCUGGACAUCGAAGAUGUUGUUGCAGAUGAAGGAAAGAACAUGUUAAUGAUCUCCUUCAAGCAUCCCUUACGGGCUUUUCAGCAACAGUCUAUCAGCAACGAUGGUGAGAUUACGUACGUGGAAGUGGAGGAGACCAAAGGGACGAACUUGCCGGCAGUGCUUGGACAAGAACUUGUUCAGCUUGCCCCGAACACAAUGAAGAUGCAUCUCUACUUCUCGGGGGAGUGGAACGACGGAGAUGCCCUGGCUGGUGAAGGCGAGGGCAAAGCCUGCCUCAAAGAGUUAAGGUGGUACCUCGACAUGCUGAAGAAAAUCCAAUCCACGAUCGACAAGAAGCGUGAGGUUGUGGCGGGUUUCCAGCAGAGACGGGACGAGCAGAAAGGCACGAGGUUCUGCGAUCUUCCUGGGGACCAUGUUGCCAGGAAAGCCGUUGAGGAGUUCGACUUGGAUAUCACAAAAGAAACCGGACACUGGGACCCUUCAGUGCUAGAAGAAGAAUGGCGAGCGUGGUAUGACUUGCGACGGCAAGCUGUGUCGCGCUGCAGUCAGUUGUUUCGAGAAGGUUGUGAAGGGGAAGAGGAUGAAGCCGAGAAUGAGGAAGAGGAGUCCGAUGAUGAUGUUGACCAUGAUGAAGGCUACUAUCAAUCGACGCGAUUUCAACUGAAGAUGUUGAAGGACAUGCGCAGGACAUACUGCAAUGCACUGAAGCACGCGGGGCUCGAUGCUGCCAAAGCGGAAGCUGCAGCUAAAGGCCUUUUCCUGCAAAGUGUGGAUGUGAGCGAGGACGGUGGCCUCCAGCCCCGCACAGUCAGCGUGCGUGUUCGCAUAUUCAGCUCGGUUGGCCAAGCCAAGCUGGUCGAUAUCGAACACGAACAUCAUGCUCGAGCACGUGCGAGUUUUUGUGAAGAGUAUGCCCACAUCAAAGCGCAGGUUCUUGCAGUGGAUCCUGAAACUUUGACCUUCCAGGUUGUGGAUGACCUUGCCGGCACAGUGGACGACAUCACGCUCUUCGACAUGCAAUGUCAUCCUCACACGGGCAAGCGCACCUACUCGCUGGCAACGAUCAAGGACGCGCAAAAGCUCUCCGAAGCCAUUUUUGGUCAACGUCGAGGACCGUUGAAUGCUUUCUACAGCUUCCACGUCUUCAUGAUGGCAGCCGGUGCUGACACCCGGCCUUUUACAGACAUGGAUUACAGUGAGUUUUGUCCGCUGAGCUACCUAGAGACAAAGUUUCACCACAAGAAGUAG